UUUCAUCAGCUGACGGCGUUAUAAAUUUUCACCCGUUGCAUCUAAAAAUACGUAUUUACUGGUUACAAUUUAUUGAAAAAUUUUCAUCAUUCACAAUAUUACCAUCAUAGAAAUAUAUUUAUAAAAUGGAUAAAAUAAGUUUAGAUUCUUCAGCCGAUUUAUUAAAGCCCCGUCUCAUCAUUCAGGAUGAAUCGGAUUGCCCAUUAUUGACACCAAGUUCAUCAGUAACACAUGACGAAACACCAAGUAGUGAACAAUCUUCAUCAAUAUUUAUAAAUCAAUUAAUGAAUAAUAAUAAAGAUUCAUUGAACCAAUCUGAAGAGAUAAAUUCAGUGGCUGCUGCUCUGAGUAAUUUAAACUCUGAAAAUGGUAUAAAAGCCUUUAUGGACAGUGUUGUUAAUAGUAAUAAUAAUAAAAUAAAUGAUGAAUCAAGUUCGAGAGAUCCGAUGGUUGAAUCAUCUAGCGACAGUAACUGUAGUGAACAAUGUAUUAAUAAAGAACCAGUAUGUACGCAAUUAUUGACACAAUUGAAUACUGCGUACCAACAUUUGGCGCCAGAUGCUCAGGCUAUUUUUUGCAGCCAAGAAAAUGGUGGAAAACCGCCACUGGUUGGCGGAAAUGCAAUACAAUUGGUUAUGCCCAAAACACCAAAAGAUUACGAGUUCACGAGGUGGAAUUGGGUUCGAAUUAGACAAGUUUGUUUUUGGGGAAUGAUUUGCGUGUUAACUAUUACUACUACUUUUGCGAUACGUGGAAUUGUUUUAAUGCCACGCAGAUGUGAUCCACCAACUGAAUGGUGGCAAGGAAAACUUUUCUACGAAAUUUUUCCGGCUUCUUUUCAAGAUUCUUCAAAAAUCGGUGACGGUAUCGGUGAUCUCCAGGGAAUAAAUACCCGGAUAAAUUAUUUGAAAAACCUCGGAGUUAAAGCCGUGCACUUGAAUUCAAUAUUUCCCUCCGAACAUUACCCUGAGCACUACUCAAACAUCUUGAGUCUGACUUCCAUCGACGAGAACCUCGGCCGCAUGACCGAUUUUGAAAACCUUCUGAAAAAUCUUCAUCGCAACAACAUGAAAUUAAUUAUAGACCUUCCCGUUCACUAUUUUACUCAUUCAGCCGAGGAAAAAGUUCACAAAAGACACGCAAGCAUCGAAAAUACAACGAAUUCAAACCCAAAAUUCGAGCGUUACAUUUCCAAAAACCUCAACAAUAAUAAUAAUAAUAAUCAAUUCAAUAUAAUUUACGAAAUAACAACAGCGUUAAAAUUCUGGCGAGCUAAACAAGUAGAUGGUUUUUAUUUAAAAGACUUGGAGCACCAUAUCAAUAACAAUACAAAUAUAAUUGAUGCUUUGAAUUACUGGCGAGAUAUUAUGGAGUCUGAUAAAAUUCUCAUGUGCCACUGGAAAGUAUUGAAAGCUAUUAAAGAUAAUGAAGUAAAGACGGCUUUGAUCAGAACAAUGGAUUUAAUAGACGUGACACUUAAUUUUGGCAAUGGAACCCAAGAAAUGAAGAAGCAAAUUGAUGAAGUUAUAAGCAGUGAAAUAUUUGGUGAAUUGAAUAAUGAGAAAAUUAAUAGCAGACCGUGGAUUCAUUGGUCUACGGGAGGAAUUGAGAGACGAUUGAUUAAUAAUUUGGGUGUUCAGAAUGCCAGUUUUGCUGCUACUGUGUUAUCUAUGAUGUUACCAGGGACUCCAAGUUUGUUUUACGGAGAUGAAAUCGGAAUGGGCGAUUGUGCAUGUGAAGAUCAUAAUGAUUUAGAACAUUUGCAUAGUUUACCACCAAUGCCUUGGCAAAUUGUUUUAAACAACAAGUCGGAAGGAUUCUCAAUGAACGGAAUGAUUAUUCCAUGGCUACCGGCUUCUAAUGUAUUUUCAAAUGAAAACGCUAUCAUGGAAGACUCGUUGGGAAAAAUGAUUCGCUUAAGGCAGUCUACUGCACCGAUUUUCAGUGAUACUGCGAAAAGACACGAGCUGUUUGGGGUUAAUUGUGAAGUCAAAUACGCUCGCGAUGAAUUAAUUAUUAUUGAGCGAUGGUAUACACGUCAAAAUACAUAUAUUUAUCUAGGUAAUUUUGGUAACACAACGCACAAAAAAGAUUUUUCUUCAUUUUUUUACGAAGGACGAAUCUUAGUUGGACCCUUGAAAAAAAUAAAUCAAACUAUUCACUUUAAAGAAUUUUCCAUUGCACCUGGUGAAGCUUUUGUCAUACAACUAGAGAAAUAAGUAAUAUAACUACCUCGAUAAUUUUGUAAAGUAUUUUUCUUUCUUCAAUAAAAUUAAAUAAUUUAUUUUCUA